UAUAUCGUUGCCAUUUUUAUUCCUAUACUUUUGCGAUAGGAACUAGUUGGGCGAUUUUCAGCAGAUUAGUUAAAAAUAUAUAUUCCGAGUUUUUGUUAAAAUCAAUACCAAAAAUAAUAAAAAUGUACGAAAAUCGUAAUACUAAUAUGAAUCGUCCAGGAUUUCGUGAUCAUCAACGGGUAGGUGGCCCUGUACGUGGCAAUAUGCAUCGUCCACGUGAAACUCCUUACUCUCGUGGUGGUGGCGCGCAACGUGGUGGUGUUGAUCGUCGUAUUCCUAACAACGUAGUAGCAACGACUGUUCCUGGAGACCGUUUACCUAAAAUAAUUUGGUCUGAAAUCACUUUGAAGCCAUUCAAGAAGAACUUCUAUCAGCCGUGCAAUGCGGUUACGGAUCGUACGCAAAUUGAUGUAGACACAUAUCUUUCUAGCAAUGAAAUUACUUUAAAGGGUUCAAGCAUUCCUUUGCCAAGUAUUGAAUUUGAUGAGGGGGGCUUCCCGGAAUAUGUUCUGUCUGAAAUCAAAAAAUUAGGUUUUGCUAAGCCUACUGCUAUACAAGCACAAGGUUGGCCAAUUGCUUUGAGUGGUCGCGACAUGGUUGGUGUCGCUCAAACUGGUUCGGGUAAAACCUUAGCAUACAUACUACCGGCAGUAGUGCACAUUAACAAUCAACCACGUUUAGACCGCGGUGAUGGCCCUAUAGCUUUAAUAUUGGCUCCUACUAGAGAGCUUGCUCAGCAGAUCCAGCAAGUGGCUUUGCUUUUUGAUUCUCCGAAUCUACAAAUGCGGGUUCGCAACACAUGCAUAUUUGGUGGUGCACCGAAACAUCCACAGUCGCGUGAUUUGGAGCGUGGAGUUGAAAUUGUGAUUGCAACUCCCGGCAGGUUGAUUGAUUUUCUUGAACGUGGAGUAACUAGUUUACGCCGUUGCACCUAUUUGGUACUUGAUGAGGCUGAUCGCAUGCUUGACAUGGGCUUUGAACCUCAAAUCCGCAAAAUAAUGCAGCAAAUUCGUCCAGAUCGUCAAGUGCUUAUGUGGUCUGCUACAUGGCCCAAAGAAGUACGCAACUUGGCUGAAGAGUUUUUAGAUAAUUACAUUCAAAUCAAUAUUGGCUCCUUGACGCUUUCUGCAAAUCAUAAUAUUUUGCAAAUUGUGGAUGUUUGCGAGGAGACCGAAAAGGAUACGAAACUGGUGAAGUUGUUGUCCGAAAUCUCAGCCGAAGGCGAGAAUAAGACAAUUAUUUUUGUUGAAACCAAAAAGCGUGUAGAUGAAAUCACACGCAGCAUAUCUCGCCAGGGCUGGCGUGCAUGCGCUAUUCAUGGCGACAAGUCACAACAAGAACGUGAUUUUGUAUUGACUUCCUUCCGCAACGGACGACAUUCGAUACUUGUUGCAACCGACGUUGCAGCCCGUGGAUUGGAUGUUGAUGACGUCAAGUUUGUUAUAAACUACGACUAUCCCUCCAACUCUGAGGAUUAUGUGCAUCGCAUUGGACGCACUGGACGUUCGAACAACACGGGAACGGCAUACACACUCUUCACUAGUUCCAAUGCCAAUAAGGCUAACGAUUUGAUACAUGUACUUCGCGAGGCAAACCAGGUGAUAAAUCCACGUUUGGUAGAAAUGGCUUCAGUUGGUGGUCCCAACAAACGUGGUGGUGCUGCACGUGGCGGCUAUCAAAACCGGUUCCAGCAGCAAAAUCGCAUGGGCUAUGUUAAAACUAUGCCAAUGAAUGGUCACUAUGCAAACAAUCAGCGAGGCGGUUACCAUGCAUCUAAGCCCCAAGAACAUCACCAUGCACAACAACAUCAUGAUCAAUACCAGCAACAACAACGACAGCCACAAGAGCAGAUGCAUCAUAAGCAUUAUUCGCCAAAACCACAACAUCACCAUCUACAUCAAGCUCCACGUCCACAUGCUCCACCGGUACAACGCGCUAAUGGCCAAAUGUCUAGAUUCUCUACACCAUACGAACGCACUCCAGUCCCAGCACCAGCACCAGCUUUAGCUGCAGCUCCAGUUCAGCCUAAUGGAAAAGCAUAUGAAAAUCAUCAACCUGCUGCAUACGCUACAUCCUAUAGAGUUCCAUAUAAUGCGCAGCAUCAAGUACGCAGACCACCACAUGAAAUUCCACCACCAGGAACCGAAGCUGUUGCUAUCAAUUAUGCGCCUCCUCCGUAUGCCGUUCCCCCAGUUUACAGUACAGUUACGCCAGAUAUGUUCGCGUAUCCCCCACCCCCAUUACCCGUUCAAAACUAAAAUCAAAAUAGCAUCAAAUAAUUUAUAUAAAAUUUAGUUAAAAAGUAAAACGUAUUAUUAUCAUAAUUAACUUAAUAAUAGCACUAAAAUCAUAUAUUGAACAAUUAAAAGAAAGCAAUCUUCAUUGCUUUAUUUCUUAACUAUGGUAUAAAAUUUGAAUCUCAAAUUUUAUUUUCUAUUAAUAAUUGUUAUUUAUUAACUUAAACUUAAUAAGCAUUUAAUUUGUUUUUUUAAUUGUACUUUUUGCCUUCUGCUUUUUAAUGUUGAAAACCUAAUGAUCUAAUGAUCUAAUGAUUACACAAUGGAAAUGAAUUAGCCUUUAGAUUGCUAACAUAGAAUAAUUAAUUAAAAUCUGCUAGUAUUACUAUUAGAAAUACUUAGAAAUGAAUUUCAAGAUUUAAGUACUUGUAUGAACUGAAGAUUGCUAUCUUAUGCAAUUAGUAGAAAAUUUGUAGAUUUAUAUCUGUACAAGUAUAUCUUAUGUAUGUGAUCUUAUUCGUGUUACUCUUAAAGCGUUUAAAACGAAGAUUUUAAAUCUGUACGUAUUCUUCAAUUGCAUUCAAAUUGAUACUAAUAAAUGUU